AUGACGUGGCUAUCGCGAUCAGUAACGGUAACAGGACUGCUUCUCCUAGCGCACGCAUGCUACUCCGCGCAGGAACAUGCGGCCUUGUCCGCAGCCCUUGCGAAACAUACUUUAUCGCACCAGCAAACGAGUAACUCCCUACCGAUCGACAUAUCCAUGGAGGCCAUCGUCGCGACAUUGGUCGUAUGCUUCGGGCUUGUUUCGGGAUCGCAGACACUGCGCCCGAUACAAUGGAAUAUCUGGGCGGGGAAGAUUGAACGAGAGGGUGAUACUGGGUUUCUGGAUGGUUCUGGUGAGGUUGAUAAAGAUUUUCGCGGGAGUCCAUUCGCAUUUCUCCAGAGUCGGCCAGGAUUCGUGGAUAUUCGCAGGCAACGCCGUGAAUUUACGGAUUGGGUCAAGGCCGAUGCAAAGUAG